AUGGAGGACGACUCACUCUGCUUGGGAGGGGAGUGGCAGUUGAACCGCUUUUCAAAACUCACAUGUUCUGGGCCAGGUGCAGCUUUUGCUGAAAUCCAGCGGACUUCUCUCCCUGAGAAGUCACCACUCUCAUCUGAGACCCGUGUCGACCUCUGUGAUGAUUUGGCUCCUGUGGCAAGACAGCUUGCUCCCAGGGAGCAGCUUCCUCUGAGUAGCAGGAGACCUGCUGCGGUGGGGGCUGGGCUCCAGAAUAUGGGAAAUACCUGCUACGUGAAUGCUUCCCUGCAGUGCCUGACAUACACACCGCCCCUUGCCAACUACAUGCUGUCCCGGGAGCACUCUCAAACUUGUCAUGGUCACAAGGGCUGCAUGCUCUGUACUAUGCAAGCUCACAUCACACGGGCCCUCCACCGUCCUGGCCAUGUCAUCCAGCCCUCACGGGCAUUGGCUGCUGGCUUCCAUAGAGGCAAGCAGGAAGACGCCCAUGAAUUUCUGAUGUUCACUGUGGAUGCCAUGAAAAAGGCAUGCCUUCCCGGGCACAAGGUACCCGAGUUGGACGAGCACUUGGUGGAAACGGCCACUCAGGAAAGCACCUUAGACUACUGGAAAUUCCUCCAAGAGCAAAACAAAACCAAGCCUGACUUCAACGUCAGAAAAGUCGAAGGCGCCCUAGGACUUGUGCACUUGGUGGAACCCACAGAACGCCGGAAACAGACAGACCGACUUGCCUGUUUCACGGUGUCCAAUUCCAAUGAGUUGAAACGGAAAAUUUUCCCACUGGCAUGUUUCAUGGUCCCUGUCUCGUUAGGUGCAGUGAUCAGAAUUGACCAACCCCUGAGGAAGGUUGUCCAGUGCACAACCCAGGGCUCGGACACUCGACAUCACGCGCAGGAAGCCUUCCGAUUGAGCACACCUGGCCCAUGA